AUGGUUAGACGAAGGAUGAAGCGAAUCAUCAUAGUCGGAGCCGGACCAUGCGGCCUCGUGGCCCUGAAAGAGAUGCUUGAGAUGGGCCACAAUGCUAUCUUGCUGGAGAAAUCGGAUCGUUUGGGCGGAGUCUUUUCAAGUGCCAAGUUGUACUCGAACCUCCACCUCACCAUUUCGAACUGGGCAAUGGCGUUCUCGGACUUUCCGGAUCCUGAGAGGUUGUGUUAUCCGAGUGGAGAACACUAUCUGCAGUAUCUCAAGGCAUACGCCGCGCACUUCGACCUGGAGAAACGGAUGAUGUAUGGUUCCGAAGUGUGCAACGCAUGCAUGGGCAGUGAUGGGCGCUGGACGCUCGAGAUCAAGCGGAGUGGUGACCAUAUCGAAAACAUGCAGUCGGACGCCCUCAUAGUUGCGACUGGUGCAAAUCAAGUGGCGAAGCCAGUGCCAUCCGAGCUGCUCGGUGUCAGUGGCCGGGUGCUGCACUCUGCAGACUACAACGAAGACUUCAGGCGAAAAGUCGCCGAGAAGAAGUUGCGGAUCUUGGUCGUCGGCGGUGAGCUGGCAGACCUGUCGCCUCAUGUCAGUGUCUGGCUACGACGCCCGGCGUGCGUAGGUCCACGCUAUCUGAACAACAAGCCAGAGAUGGAGCAAGUUGCUGCCAACAAAGAGCGCGAUUUCCCAGCGAACGGAUUCCUGGAGGCCGCGACCACGAACAGGAUGAGCGCUUCUCUGAACGUGUACGCUUAUGGGAUCUUUCGUCGGAUCCUGUGGCAUACUGGGGUGCUGAACAGUACGCUGGCUCGGAUGUGUCUUGAUAGCACUGCCUCGGCGGUGCUGAUGAAUGACCAGGCGACUUACGUGACGAAAAACCAGCGUAUGUGCGAGGCCAUCCAUGACGGAAAGCUGGAAGCAUUGGUGUCUACGAAGGUGUCAGCAAAUGGCAAUACUGUCACAUUGCAGCUUGCGAAUGGUGUACAAGGACAUCGUCAGUUCGAUGCGAUAGUGCUCUGCACCGGCUUCGCAACGUCCUUCCCAUGGCUGAAGGUCGACGAUCUCGAUACAAACCCGCGAUCAUGGUUCCUUCAUUGCUUUCCAGAAGGUCUUGGAGAUCGUUUAGCGUUCGUGGGAUACGCAAGACCGCACCAGGGUGGCAUGCCGGUCAUGGCAGAAAUGCUGUCUCGAUACGUAGCCUUGCUCUUUGCCGGCAAGCGACAGCUUCCUGAAGACUAUGCGGAACGGGCUCGCCGGGAGCAGAUUGCCGAAGUGGAGCAUUACCAUAUAAGUCCGCACUUGAGUACGCUGGUCGAUUACAACGCCUUCAUUGAGAGCGUUGCUCGCCGGGUUGGCUGCGAGCCGAGACUUCCAUUGAGCAUCAUGCUGAUCUUCAACAUGCACAUCGCAGCCGUCUUGCUGCUGGUACUCCAGGUCUUUUCGCUGACUCCUGGCAUCGUCGAACCUCGCUUGCCGUUCCUGCUGUACGUUCUGACGAUGGCGCUGGCGUUCUUCAUUGAUGACGGCCUCCUGAUCAAGUGGUGGUUCUACCCAUGCUGGGCUGUCUGGUAUCGGCAACGAGGGCCUGGCGCGAACCCAUCGCUGCUGGAGAAGACACUGCGACGAGUGCCGCUGUUCAAGUCGACAGCCAUUACCCAAGGCUUCAUGCUGCUCAUCGCGUGGUCUCUGCCGGCGCUCUACGCACAGCGGAUCCUGUCGGUGCUCAUAUACCUUCCGUAUUGCCUUCUCGACGGGGUGGGUGUUCGCUGGCCGAAAGGAUGGGUUGGCUUGUUACGCCCGAAGAUGUUCGCAUUGCAUGGGACUGAGUGGCGGUUCUCUGACCUCUUUGUACCGUAG